GAAAGCAUCAAGAUCUAAAAUUAAGAAGAAGAACCUCCAAAGUUAACCAUUUGAACAGAAAGAGAUGAGCUCUUUCAGCGUCCUUAUGAUAAACCACUGAUAUCUUUGUUACAACAUACUUUUUUUUUUCUUUUUCUUGGUUUCUACUGUUAAGAGAUGGAAGUAAGAUGUUUGGGAGAAGAUGAAGCAUGGGACUUAUUCCGCCAGAAAGUUGGUGAAAUAACCUUAGAAAGUCACCCUGACAUCCCAGCGCUAGCAAGAAUAGUCGUUGAAAGAUGCAGAGGCUCACCACUAGCAGUAAACGUUCUUGCCGCAGUAAUGGCAGGCAAGAACUCGGUGCAAGAAUGGCGGUAUGCAAUAGACUCUUUGACUUUAUCCGCGGCUAAGUUUUCAGGUACGGAAGAUGAGAUUCUCCCGGUUCUGAAGGUUAGCUACGAUAACAUAAAGGAUGAGAGAGUGAAACAGUGUUUCCAAUAUUGUGCUUUAUUCAAAAAGGGUGGCCAUAUAUGGAGAAAUGAUUUGGUAGAGUAUUGGGUAGAUGAAGGAAUCAUAGAUGGGAGAGAAGAUAGAUACAAAGCUGAAGAGGAGUGUUAUGGGAUAGUAAGAUACCUUGUUAAUGCUUGUCUAUUAGUUGAGCAUAAAUAUGGUAACACAGUGACUAUGCCUAGCCAGGUUCAUGAACUAGCCUUGUGGGUAGCAUCAAAUCUUGGGGAGGAGAAAGAAAACUUUAUUGUGAAACCCAAUGAAAAACUUGGUGAAAUUCCAAAGGUCAAGAACUGGGGAGAAGUGAGUAGGAUGUCAUUGUCGGAAAAUGAGAUCAAGAAGAUUAGUUGUAGUCCAGUUUGUCCUAAGCUUAGAACACUGUUACUCGGGUUUAAUAAUCUUGAGAAGAUCUCAAGCGGGUUCUUUAUGUGUAUGCCUAAUCUUGUGGUUUUGGAUCUAACUACAAACAUUGGCCUCAGAGAGUUACCUGAUGGGAUUUCUAGGCUGGUCUCUUUACAGUAUCUCAACUUGUCACAUACUGAUAUAAAGCAACUGCCUAUAGCAAGUUUAAGAGAGUUGAAAAGGCUUCAACACCUGAACCUUGAGUUUACAGGGUUCCUCAAAGAAAUUGCUGGGAUAUCAAGUUUAUCAAACUUGCAAGUUCUGAAACUGUAUGCUUCAUUUGAUUUAGAUAUCAAUCUGGUGGAGGAACUAGAGCUUCUGGAACAUUUAAAAGUCUUAACAGUCUCUGUAGGUGAUGCCUAUGUCUGGGAACAGUUGAUGAGUAAUCCAAGAUUAGCUAGUUGCGCUCGCAAUGUGUAUUUUUACGAGUGUGAAGCAGGAGAAACUGGCAUCAUAUCGCUUGCAGAGACUUCUAGUAGGCUUGAAGACCUUACAAUAUAUGAGUCCAACAUAAGGGAGAUAAAGAUUGAUCAGAGAGGCAAAAUGUGCAACUUCAUGUAUCUGGUCAAAGUGGAGAUAAGUGAAUGCCAAGGUCUUCAAGACUUAACGUGGUUGCUCUUUGCUCCGAAUCUUGGUUGGCUAGAUGUAAGAGAAUCACCGCAAAUAGAAGAAAUAAUAAGUAAAGAGAAAGCUGCCAGGUUUAUGGAUGGUGAAGCUGAUGAGAGUAUACUACCAUUUCUCAAGUUGAAGUACCUUGAUUUAGCUUGUUUGGAACAACUGAGUAGCAUCUACUGGAGUGCUUUGUCUUUUCCAUGCCUAAAGAAAAUCAGUGUUUUUGGCUGUCCGAAUCUGUGGAAACUACCUCUUGGUUCCAGCAGUGCUAAUGGCUGUAACCUUGUCAUUCAUGGUGAGGAAGAGUGGAUAGAGGAGCUUCAAUGGGAUGAGGAAGGUAUUAAGGAACGGUUCACCCUCAAAGGUCGAAAGAGUGAGCCUGUUACUGCUUAUCCACAAAACCAGUCAGAGUUAGAGAUGUUGAGGAAGAGAGUAGUGGAUCUUGAAGAAGAGAACAGAACAAUCAAACAACGGCUUGAGAGGAUAGAGAGAUUUUUUUGGCAGCAACAACAGUUGCAGCAGCUACGUAUGUCUCCACAAAGCAGCAUCCCGACAAUGGCGCAUCCACAAGGACCGCAACUAGCACGCAUGCUUCCACCACAAACUGUUAUUCACCAACAGAGGCAAACCCAAACAACACUUCCAGACAUGCCAUUAAAAUCAUAAUGCUAAAUACUAUGGAGUUUCAGCCAAGUUGUGGAGGGACAGGAGUCUCAUAGCAGUUUGAGAAAUCGAAGAAGUUGAAGGCAAUGUUUUUCAAGGAGUGGAUAGCACACCAGAUUCUUGACUAUGCACAAGCCAAGCCAGAGAAAAUUCAAGAUCAGUUUCAAACUUUCAUGAAAUAAGAAGACACUUUAAGUGCUCUCUGAAACUACUAUAUUCAUUUCCCUUAAAUGUUGUUUUUUUUUGGUAAAACCCUUAAAUGUUGUUAUCUCUUUAAAUUAUUUUGUUUCGAAAUUCUAACAAGUCUAGACCAAUUUUUUAAAAAUCGAUUGGAUAAAAUAGUUUCUC